CAAGAAGGCACGCUUCCCUCCUCUGUCCAUCUUCCACCCCCCAUCUAUAUAAGCCGCUCACGCAGCAAGGUUGCUUCCGCCACCACUCCUGCCUGUCCCUGUCCCCCCCGGCCGGCCAUCUCCGAUCCUCUCGCCGCCUGCUGAUGUGAAAGAGAUCCUCCGGCCGGCUGCAAGCAGAGAGACGACAGGCAGCACGCACGCACGCCCCGUCCGGCCGGGUAGUAGUAGCUAGGCGCAGCGCGGUAGUGCCAGUGCAACAGCUACUAGUACUAGUACAUAUACGGCAGGGGGUGCAGCUGGCGGCGGUCGCGGAGGAUGGUGAAGUUCUCGCGGGAGUACGAGGCCAGCAUCAUCCCCGAGUGGAAGGCCGCCUUCGUCGACUACAAGGGCCUCAAGAAGCUCGUCAAGAGGAUCAAGAUCGCCCGCCGCGACGCCGCGCCGCUGCUCGCCGCCGGCGCCGGCGGUGGCCGUAGAAGUAGCGACGCCAGCAGCGGCAGCUACGGCUUCUCCGUCCUCGACCCCGUCCGCGCCCUCGCCGCCCACUUCGCCGCGACGCCGGCCUCACCAACGACGCAGGUGGGCGACGACGACGGCGACUCGGACAGCGGCUUGGAAUCGGAUUCGGGGGAGCUCGUAAGAGCCACGGACAAGCAUGAGCAGGAGUUUCUGGAGAAGGCGGACGAGGAGCUGGAGAAGGUGAACAAGUUCUACGCGGCGCAGGAGGCGGACAUGCUGGCGCGCGGCGAGGCCCUCAUCGAGCAGCUCCGCAUCCUGGCCGACGUCAAGCGCAUCCUCGCCGACCACGCCGCGGCGUCCCGGCGCGGGCGGUCGCGGCUCGCCCGGACGGCGGCCUCGUCGCCGCCGCCGUCCGUGAACGGGUCCAACAGCGGCCGCCACCUCCUCUCCUCCCCCUUCGUGGUGGCCUCGCCGCAGUCCAUGUCAGACGGGAGCGUGGAGCUGCAGCAGGCGCGCGUGGCGGAGGGCGCGGCGGUGGCGGAGGAGGUGAUGGCGGCGCUGGAGCGGAACGGCGUCAGCUUCGUGGGCGGCGGGCUGGGCAAGGCCAAGAAGGACGGCAGCGGGAAGCAGCUCAUGGGCCGCGCCGCGCUGCUGCAGCUGCCGGCGACGGUGCGCAUCGACAUCCCGCCCACCAGCCCCGGCCGGGCGGCGCUCAAGGUGUGGGAGGAGCUCGUCAACGUGCUCCGCAAGGACGGCGCAGACCCCGCCGCCGCCUUCGUCCACCGCAAGAAGGUCCAGCACGCCGAGAAGAACAUCCGCGACGCCUUCCUCGCCCUCUACCGCGGCCUCGAACUCCUCAAGAAGUUCAGCUCUCUCAAUGUGAAGGCUUUCACCAAAAUAUUGAAGAAAUUCGUCAAGGUGUCGGAGCAGCAGCGGAAAACUGACCUGUUUUCAGAGAAGGUGAAGAGGUCGCCGUUCAGCAGCUCCGACAAGGUGCUUCAGCUGGCAGACGAGGUGGAGUCCAUCUUCUUGAGGCAUUUCGCGGGCAACGACAGGAAGGUGGCCAUGAAGUACCUGAAGCCGCAGCAGCCCAGGAACACCCAUAUGAUCACCUUCCUCGUAGGCCUGUUCACAGGAACAUUUGUGUCCUUAUUCAUCAUAUAUUCAGUUCUAGCCCAUGUCGCCGGCAUUUUCUCCUCUACCGGAAACACAGCAUACAUGGAGAUUGUUUACCAUGUCUUCAGUAUGUUUGCACUCAUCAGCCUGCACGUCUUCCUGUACGGGUGCAACCUCUUCAUGUGGAAGAGCACCAGGAUCAGCCACAACUUCAUAUUUGAUUUCUCCUCCAGCACCGCCCUGACACACCGGGACGCCUUCCUCAUGUCGGCAUCCAUCAUGUGCACCGUCGUCGCAGCACUGGUCAUCAACCUGUUCCUCAGGAAUGCCGGGGCAACCUACGCCAAUGCAUUGCCCGGGGCACUUCUGCUUCUGUCAGCAGUGGUUCUGUUCUGCCCAUUCAACGUCUUCUACCGCUCGACGCGCUACUGUUUCAUGCGCGUCAUGCGCAACAUCAUGCUCUCGCCAUUCUACAAGGUUCUGAUGGCAGAUUUCUUCAUGGCUGACCAGCUAACCAGCCAGAUCCCACUGUUAAGACACCUCGAGUUCACGGGGUGUUACUUCAUGGCUGGAACUUUUAGAACUCACGAAUAUGGAAGCUGUACCAGCAGCUCUCUAUACAAAAACCUGGCGUACGUGCUUUCCUUCCUGCCAUACUACUGGAGAGCAAUGCAGUGUUUGAGAAGGUACCUGGAAGAAGGCCAUGAUCUCAACCAGCUUGCUAAUGCGGGCAAGUACAUAUCAGCAAUGGUAGCAGCUGCUGUCAGGUUCAAGUAUGCUGCGACACCAACACCAUUCUGGAUGUGGAUGGUCAUAAUAUCAUCUACAGGCGCCACCAUUUACCAGCUCUACUGGGAUUUUGUCAUGGACUGGGGCUUCUUAAACCCAAAAUCUAAAAACUUCUGGCUCCGAGAUCAACUCAUCCUGAAGAAUAAGUCAGUCUACUAUGCUUCCAUGAUGCUCAACCUUGUGCUACGCCUAGCCUGGGCCCAAAGUGUAAUGAAACUCCAUCUUGGUAUGGUGGAGUCUCGCUUGCUGGAUUUCUCACUCGCUUCACUGGAAAUUAUCCGACGUGGGCAUUGGAACUUCUACAGGCUGGAGAAUGAACACUUAACCAACGCUGGAAAGUUUAGAGCAGUGAAGACUGUCCCAUUACCAUUCCGUGAACUUGAAACUGAUUGAUGAAGACAAAGACAAGAACUUGCCAGCAUGUUCCCAGUAUGAAAGGAAUUUAGGGGGGCAGAAGAGUUCCAGGAAUGGAUACUGUCCCUGCUAGUGCUUGUGCAAGAAUUGGUGUUUAAGUGGUAAUAAAAAAAUCAGAGAGCAUAACUGCACAAGACCAAGACGUUGCAGAUUUUAAGAUGGAAUAAGCUCAGACGGUGCAUUGUAAAUGAGGCACCAGGGUUCAACAUGAGGCGUUCUGGUCAGGCAAGAUGAUGUUGAUUUACUUACUGGUCGAUUGAGAAUUGUUGCAUGUCAAUCGACUAACAAGAUCUUAAUUUUGUCAAUCAUUAAGUUAUGAAUGUAUCUGGGAAUUGAUGACUGAAAAAUAUUGCAUGAAAACA